AUGGCGUCGACGCCUCAAGCCCAGCCGACGACACUCCUCACCCUAGCAGAUGAGCUCCUCGAGGAAAUCUUCCUCCACCUCCCCGCCGCCGCUAACCUCGCCCGUACCUCCAUGGCCCGCGCCUCCUUCCGCCGCCUCAUCACCGACCACCGCUUCCUCCGCCGCUUCCACGUCGGCCACCCGCCGCCUCUCCUAGGCGUCGUUUCUGCCCACUUCGAUUUGAACCGGCCGCCGUGUCUAUCCAAGCCGCCGCACCCCUCCGCCGCCGCCGCGAGCACCUUCGUCGGCUCUCACGCCGCCGACUUCAAGUGCUCCUUCCUCUCCUCCCCAAGGCGCUGGUAUAGGCGUGAAUUGCGGGACAGCCGCGUCCUCCUCUCGGGCAUUCCAGACGGGGGCACAUUCAGUGCCCGCGCCUUGGUCAGGGAAUUGGCUGUCUGCGACCCGCUGUACCGGCGCUAUGCCCUGCUACCUGCCAUCCCCGACGACCUAGCCGCCUUCGUGCAGCCGCUGCGUUUCGAGCCCUUCCUGGUCCAAUGGGUUGCUCCCCCUGCUCCUGGUCUUGUUGCUCCUCCAGUGCAUGUACUUGUUCCCUUUGUACUUGUCUUCUAG